AUUAAUUUGAGCCUCGCGCCCCCAUCCCGGCGAGGACUGAACUGUGCUGCAUGCUUGUGGAUCCGUGCUGCCUUCCAACAGUCCAAUCGGUGGAAAUUCACAAUUAAAUCCUAAUUUCCGUCAAAAAAGUUAAUUAACUGUUAAGUUUGUAGUCGAAAUGGGUAUCGACAUCAAUCAUAAAUGGGACCGCAAGGUUCGUCGCACGGAGCCAAAGAGUGAGGAUGUUUAUCUCCGCCUCCUCGUCAAGCUGUACCGUUUCCUGGCCCGUAGAACGAACGCCAAGUUUAACAACAUUAUUCUGAGGCGUCUUUUUAUGUCGAGAAUUUAUCGACCACCCGUCUCCAUCGCUGGUCUGUCUCGUCACAUGAAGAAGGCUGGAAGGGAGGACAAGAUUGCUGUCGUUGUCGGCACUAUCACUGAUGACAGGAGGAUUUACACAAUCCCCAAGCUCACCGUGUGUGCCCUCCGCGUCACAGAAAAGGCUCGCGCUCGGAUCCUGAAGGCUGGCGGAGAAAUCAUUACUUUCGAUCAGUUGGCCCUGCGAGCUCCUCUUGGACACAAAACGGUCUUGCUUCAAGGAAAGAGAACAUCUCGGGAAGCUAACAGGCACUUUGGACUCGCUCCUGGAGUUCCUCACAGCCACUCGAAACCAUUGGUGAGGUCAAAGGGACGUAAAUAUGAGCGUGCUCGUGGUCGUCGCGCUUCUUGCGGAUACAAGAAGUAAACUAAUUGCUGCUUCUUUGUAUUCCACAAAAAUCCAUUCUUUUUUGUAAAGCAAGAAAAAAGGUGACUUCUAAUAAAUUGUCGUUAUGUUGGAAAUUCUCUA